AUCAUCAAACCUUUAGCCUCCGAUCUCUCGCUUUUUCUCUCCAAGAGUUUUCCAAAUUUCUCCACAUUUUCGCUCUACUCUGUCUCUCUCUAUGCAUUUAUACAGUAUGACCGUCUCUCCCUAAAUAAAUAUUCGUGGAGAUUCAAUUUUGCCCUAAUAGAGCGAUCUGAUUUAUUAAAGUCAGCGGAAGUUCAACCUUCAGGUUUCGAACUGUCGGAAUUGUAAGAUUCCUUUCGAUUUUUUGACUGUCGGCAGCUUUUUUUGAAGAAAUCGAUGUCGAUUGAGUUUUAACAGUGGAGCUAAAAAAUUAGGUUCUGCAGUUUGGAAUUAGGGUUUGGUGGUUUUGGGAGGGGAGUUCGAAGUGAAAUAACAGUUAUGCCGCGAAGUUCGAGGCACAAAUCGCAUAAGCAAAGUAAACACAGCUCCAAAGAGGCCAAGGAUUAUUAUUCGGACUCAGACGAGGAUGUGAAGAUGAAGGAUAGGAACAGUAGUAAAGAGGACGGCGGUGGGUCUGUUAGGGUUUCGAAAGAUUCGAGCCAUUCCGCUUCUGGGGAGAAGCGGAAACUUUCUUCCUCUUCCUUGUUGAAAGAGGGCAAGGAUGGAAAAGAUCUGAGCGGCAAUGGGAAUGUGGAUGUUGCAGAAGAGUAUGUGUCCUCCAAAAGGCGGAAAGACAAGGCCGAGGGCGGAAGUGGUGGUGCUGGAGAUAGGUGGCAUGGAGGAGGAGGAGAUGAAAAGGAUGAUGGUGGAGGUAUAGAGAAGGAAUUUAAAGGAGAAAGUUCAAAAAUUGAUUUAGAGAAGGGUGCAAAAUUCAAGGAGUCUAAGGGGUUAGGGGAUUCAAAAAGUAAAAGCAGUAAGAGACAUGAGAGUGGUGGUGAAAAGGAGGAGAGAAAUGUUGGUUUGCUGGUGGAGAAGGAGGAGAGUAGGAGCAGUAGUAGAAGUGAGUCGAAGAGGAAGUCUGACAAGGAGUCAGGAAGGAAAGAGGGAAAGGAUUCAAAGGAAAUGAAGGACAAGGAUCGGGGGCCUGAUAGGGAGAAGAAGGGUCAGGAGAGUAGACGGGAUUCUGAGAUGCGUCAAGCAGAUGGGGUUUUGGCAAAGAAGCAAGGAUCACAGUGGGAGGAUGGGAGCGAAGAUAGACAGAGCAAGAGAGGUAGAGAUUAUACUGAAUUCGCUAUACAGGAUGAAUUUCGAAAUUCAGAGUCAGAGAAGGAUCUUGAAAAGAGGAUUCGGAGGAGAAGAGAUGGUUCUGGUGACGGAGAUAGAAGUCAAGAUGCAAGAGAAAGUGAUGAGAGACAUUUUUCCUCUAGGGGUGACCGAGCUAAGGAUGGAAAAUACAAGGAUGAAAGGUACAAGGAUGGGAGUUACGGAGAUAAGAACCAGGAUGAUGUGGAGAAAGAUGAUAGGCACCGAGAUGUAAAGUACCGGUCAGAUGCUGACAAGGAUGUUAAGUAUCGGGAUGAUGGCGACAGAGAUGGUAGACAUCGGGAUGAUAAGUUCCGUGAGGAUGGUGAGAAAGAUAAUAGAAGGAGAGAGGAUAAGUAUCAUGAGGAUGCUGAUAGGGAUACUCGACGCAAGGAUGACAAGUAUCGAGAUGAUGGUGAAAGAGAUGGUUGGCGUAGGGAUGAUAAGUAUCGAGAAGAUGGUGAGAGAGAGAAUAAACGCAGAGAUGACAGGUAUCGUGAGGAUGGUGACAAGGACAGUAGAUAUCAUGAGGAUGGUGAAAGGGAUGAUAGGUACAAGGAUGACAAGUAUAGAGAAGAUAAUGAUAGAUACAAGGUUGAGAAACGUCGGGAAGAUUAUGAAAGAGACAGCAGGCGCAAGGAUGGAAAGCAAGCAGAUGAUGUUGAUAAGGAGAAGAGACUGAGAGAUGCUAAGUACAAGGAUGAGCGUGCAUCAAGAGACCGCCCAGGGGAUAAGUCUGAUAUUAAGCAAUCAAGGGAUGAGAUUCAUGUUGCAGACCUUCAUUCAAGGAAAUCUAGCAUGCGUGAUAGUAGUCCUAAUUAUGAUGAUCGAUCCAGGUUUAAAGACGAUCAGGGUAGAAAAAGAAGCUCUGAAAAAGAUGAUCAGAUUGAUGUUAAAUCACGAAGUACCAAAGAUCAACGGUAUGAUGGUGACAAAAGAUUGACAAGUGGUGCCAGGGUAGACUUAACAAGUGAAAGAGGGAGGUCUGCCUCGAGGAAUGCUGAUCUGGAACUUACUCCAAGCCGCAAUAGACAUCAAGGUUCCCCUAGUUCAAGUUCUCAUGUUACAAGAGAGCAUUAUAGGCUUUCAAAGCAAGACGAGUCCAAGUAUAGGGAGUAUGCAUAUGAAGAUAGAUCUAGACAUGGUGUAACUUCUGCAAGAGAGUAUUCCAGUGCUGCUGGAGUAACUGAUAAAAUCUCAGCAUCUCGAGUAAGUGAGAAAGUUGUUCAGAAGGAUGACAGCCAUUUGGUAGAAUUUUCAGCUGAAAGGCGCCUCAGAACAGAUGCUCGCACUUCUCCCAGACAAUUAAUUGACAAGUCCCCUUCAUCAACAAGUGUAGACCGCAGACAUGGGAGCAGAUCUGAUGUUAGACGGAGUAUUGAUGUGGAAGAAUCUGGGCAGAGGAGUGGUGGAUCCCGGGAUGCAAAGGAUUAUCCUGGAAAGGAGAGCAGGGGAGUUCGUGAUUCAGCUGUGGAGAUGCUUCCAGGAGAUGACCUUUCCCAAGUUGAUGGAGACAAUGUGUCUGUUUCUUCACCUUUUGCUAGAACUGGUAAUUUUUCUGUCAGUUCCAAGUCUCUUCUACCUCCUCCAUUCAGAACAGGGAUUGACAGCCCUUUAAAUUUUGGAUCUUCUGAAGAUGACAGUAGAGUGAAAUUUAAUGCUCGCCAUAGAAGAAUUAGUGACCCUAAUAUGGGAAGAGUGCAAGGAAGCCCUUGGAAAGCUGUUCCUAACUGGCCUUCUCCGAUGGCAAAUGGUUUCAUUCCUUUCCAACACGGUCCACCUCCUGUUGGAUUUCCCCCAGUGAUGCAGCAGUUUCCUGCUCCACCAAUAUAUGGUGUUAGAUCUUCAAUGGAGUUGAAUCAUCCCUGUGUUCCUUACCAUAUAUCUGAUGCUGAGAGGUUCCCUGGCCAUGGGCGUCCCAUGGGUUGGAGAAAUCCAGUGGAUGAUUCAUGCCCUCCUCCAUUACAUGGUUGGGAUGCUAAUAGUGCUCCUUUUGGUGAGGAGUCUCACAUUUAUGGUAGGCCAGAUUGGGAUCAUAGUAGGACCCUUUCGGGGGGUCGAGGUUGGGAGACAGGUGGAGAGAUGUGGAAGAGCUCAAAAAGUGAUGUUAGCAUGGAUUUGCCUUCUAUCUCUGAGAAGGAGAGUCGAUUUACUGGUGUCCCAGUGGAUGUAGCUUUGGCUGGCCAAGCAGGUCAACAAGCUCAAGUUGAACAAGUUCAACCUGAUAUUCCAGCUGAAAGCAUUGAAACUAGCAAGUUGAGUGAUGCCUUGCAUAAGAAAACUCCUGAAAAUUCAAAGGUUACCACAGAGAAGGCCCUUGAUGUCCCCAAAAAGUCAGAAAAGGAUGAUUGUAAUCUUUGCCGUGUAUACCUGUCUAAGCUUGACAUUUCUGCAGAUCUUACUGACCCUGAGUUGUAUAGCAAGUGCACAGGCUUAUUGAAUGUGGAUGAGAAAAUAGUUUCAGAUUCAGAAGAUGCCAAGAUUUUGUAUGUAGAGGAGGCCUUAGGAGCAAAAGAGCAAGUUCCAACUCCCAACAAAAAGGCAUUACUUUUUGCCACCAUUAAUGACUCUGUUUUCCAGAAAGCCAUGACACUGUACAAGAAAUGCAGAGAAGAAUUUGAGGUCAUAAGUGGAGAGAACACCACAUUAGCCCAGUUGUGCAAUAAGAGUAUUAUCAAGUUUGAUCAGGAGAUGCACCUUUCUGAAAAUAACAAAGCUGAGCAACUCUCAUCUGCUGACAAUGAGCCGCAGCCACAGGAUGCCUAUCCAAAUUGUGCCCUGGAAGUUAAGCAGCAAGUCUUUGUACCUAAGUUGGAAGAAGUUUCUCCAGAGGAAGAGGAAUAUCAGAAGUUGGAUGAACCAGCUGUUGCUGAUGUCAUGGAGAAAUCAGACAAGACAAUAAUGAACGCAAAGAUAAAGGAGGAAUUGGUGAAUGAUAUGGAUUUUCAGGAGCAAGUUCUUGUCAAUUCUGUCUCCAUUAAAGAUGUAGAAUCAUCUACUUGUCUUGAAGAGGUGGUCAUGCCCAGCAAUUCAAGGGCCAAUGAGUUGGCCAGUAACAGUGAGGUGCAAAUACUGCCCGAUUCUAAAUGUGGUUCCUUGCUUUUAGCUGAUGUGUCCUCUAAGGCAUGUGAGGUAGCGAUACCAGAGUCAAUUGAAUCUGGAUCAGUAAAUUUAAGCCGGAUACAUCAUUCUCCUGAAAAUACACAUUGAGACAUUUUAUUUUUAUCAAGUUUUUGAAAUGCGGUGGUAGCUUUUAUUUGCGUAUCUUACAUAUGCUGCUUAUCUUCGUUAAGCAAUAAACAUUGAGUUUUGUCUACAUUUGAUCUGGGUGUCAUUUUGGAGAUAGAGAAAAUGUUCCCUCUUUCCUGCACUAGGGAUCUGACCGGUCGGACUUCAGUUGCUUCGUAUUCACUGUCUCCAACUGAUUUUGGCGAUGCAGGCUUGUGUUUCAGCAGGUUCGUUAUUGAGGUGAGGUACUCUUUUCUGAAACAGUUGCUCUACCUGCCGCCUGCUCCAGGGCUAUCGGAUGUUUUACUUUCUGCUUAGACAAACAACGUUGAACGCUAACGAAUACAGCACUGCAUUGUGUUAUGUGCUUAGGCAAAUAGAAAACAUACCUGUUGAGUAAAACAAGGGAAGUGAGACUAAUCUUGAAUUGAGUCUCUCUCGGAAAGUUAAUGAAUACGAAGUUCGGAUCUGCCUUUGUUCCACUCCCAGUAUCUAAACAAUAGUAUAUGAUAAACUGAAUGGCACAUGUAUUAGUAUUUGGACGUUAUCGUACUUAGUAUCAUUAUGUUGAUUUGGUUUUUUAUGUA